AUGAUUGGAGCAGCCUUGUCCGGAAUACAGCAAUCUGGAUGGUGGCCCAUUUAUUGUUGGACUCUUAAGAGGAGAAACAACGGACGUUCCAAGAAGGGCCGUGGCCAUGUUAACCAUGUCCGCUGCUCCAACUGCUGCCGUUGUGUCCCCAAGGAUAAAGCUAUCAAGCGUUUCCUUAUCCGCAACAUGGUUGAAGCUGCCGCAGUCAGUGAUAUUGCCAGUGCAUCCGUCUUCCCAGAAUAUGCUCUUCCCAAGCUUUAUAUCAAGACUCUGUACUGCAUCUCCUGCGCCAUUCAUGCCCACAUUGUCCGUGUCCGUUCCCGUGUUGGCCGUCGUGAUCGUACUCCUCCCCAGCGUUUCCACGCCUUCAACAAGGGUGCUCAGAACAAGGCCAAGCCUGCCACUGCCACCAAGGCCUAUUCUGGUUCAUCUGAAAUUAUUUGGGACAUUGAUGGCUUUAUCCUACCAGACUCUUGGGAGCAUGGGGCCGCUGUCAUGGGAACAAGUACUGAGCAUUCCUAUAGAGUCAGAGGGUUGAAAGAUUCAAGUGUGCAUUCUUUUGAAAGUCAACUCAAGCAAGCCAAUAUGCAGAUUCAAAAUCAAGCUUUAGAAAUCCAGCGAGUUCGAGCCAUGAGCACCAAAUCUACUGAUCCAGCAUUCAUUGAGGUACAUCAUUUACAGGAUGAGCUUAUUCAGCUGGAACACAAGAAUGCUGCCGCUAUUCGAGAUAUAGAGCGUGCUGAAGAGGCUCUUGAUUCAGAACGUUCAGUUGUAGCUCAGCUUACAGCAAGCUUGAAGGAAGAACGAACCAAAACAAGCACACUUCAAGAUACCAAUCGCAGACUAGAUGAUGAACUCAAAGAUGCGCGCUCGCGACUAUCUGAUCAAAGAAACCAUAUACAAUCACGGAAUAUAGACAAGGAUAAUUUCAGAAUGCAACUGACAGAAAAAAAUGCUGAACUGAAUCGAUACAUUGCUGAAAUACAGAUGUUGAGUACGGAGCAUUCUCAAAUGGCCACAGAAGUCGAAUCCAUGACUCAAGAACUGGAAGCAGCGGUUUGUGAGAUUGAAACCAAUUUGAAAGAACUACAAGAAUGCAGAGAUUUGAUCAAACACAAGGACGAAAUUAUCGACCAGGUCACAGACGAAAGGGAUGCUCUUCAGAUCAAAAUUGAAGAUAUGGUAGAGCAGCUAGAGGAUCUUGAUCAGCAGCUAUCAUCCAAUAAGGAUGAGUUGGUAAAUGUUGACAACAACUAUCAAACAAUGAUUAUUGAGCUUCAAGCAACCAUUUCAAAAAAAAAUAAAGAACUGCAAUGUGCGCAUGAUGAAGUAUCUGCAUGCCAAAAAGAACUGCAAGACACGACCGUCAAUGAGCUUCGACUUGAAAUUUCUCGAAAAGACACGAUAAUACAGACGCUUGAAAAACAGGUCGAGCAAGUCAAUAGCGAUUUUGAGUUGCUCAGUAUUGACUGGGAUAGAUUAGAUCGUCAAAUCAAACAAGAGGUGCAAUCCAUUACAAAUGAGCAAGCUAUUGUUAAAAAUGUGAGGGAAGAUUUGAACAGUAUCAAAAAGCUGAGAGACAAAUUACUAGUUUACCAAGAUCGUCACAAGGCAAAUGAAGAUGCAGCAAAACAACUCCAAGAGCAAUUGGCUGAUAAAGAAACCGUCAUUGUGAAGCUUUAUAAAAGAAUUGACUUGUACGAACAAGCUCUAGACAAUCCAAAACUUACUAGAUAUUUUACAGGAGCAUAUGGGCUUAAAGAUGCUGUUCAGGAAAUCAAGAAUUUGAAACUGAAACUACGAAUCAAUAUUCGCGAAAAGGAAGACUGCGUUCGGCAGAUCAAUCAUCUUGAGUCUCAGAUGGGCGAUGCGAUCGAAGAAAAUCAAGAAUUACGUGCCCGACUUGGAAUGGACAAAAAUUCUCGAUUUGAUAUAGACGCAUAUCGCAAAUCAAAAACGGUCGAAGCAGAAAAAUCAAAUGCCCUAAACAUCCAUUUGCGCCAAGAAAUUGAUCGUCUGGAGGAGGAGCGUCUUCAGUUAAAAUCUGCACUUAGACUUCAAGCCCUCGAGCGCGGAGAAAGAGCUAUUGCUCUUGGUCUCACGGCUCAAGAUUUAAUGUCGGUAGAAGAAUAUUCGAAUAAACUGCGCCUAGGAACAAAUGGACAGAUGAACACGACCACAAGCACUACUAAAGAAAUUAUCCGCCCAAUUCUCAAUAUCGAUCAACUUGAUAAACUGACUCUUGAAUUGGAGCGCUUACAUGUCGAUGGAAUUGAAACUAAACAGCAGUUAUGGAGCUUGCAGGAGGAGCACAAGCGACAAAUUGAAGAAACACACAUGCUGCAGAGUGCUAUUUUGGAAGUAUCACAAUCGCUAAUUUCCAUGGCUCAUCAAAGCAAACAGGAAAACGAUUUCCCAAUCGUGUCAAAGCUCGUACAAAUUUUACAAAGCAAGAUUAUAAAUUCAAAUUCGGGAGAUGCUAUUAUGCAAAUCGAUAAAAGUAUUUCAAUCCUGAAUACAAAAUUGCACAAACAGCUUGAAGAAGCUGAACAGCACAAGAAAGCUUUGGAAUCAGAGAUGGCAAAACUCAAGGAGCAACUUGUCAUAAGGGAGAACGAAGUAAAGGCGGAAAAAGAAAAGUCUCUUGUGAGAGAUCAUCACUUUUUGCAUUUGCCAACAGAAUUGACUUUAGCAUCUCCUAGUGGAUAUUCUAGUCUAGUAGAUCAGCUUAUUACAUGCAUGGUAGAGCUACGCGAAAAGGAUUUAGAAUUAAAAGAGUGCGCUAUUGAACUAUGGGAGCUGACGGAUAGUAAAUUGCAAAUGUUAUACAAAGACCACAACAAAUCCAAAGCCAUCCAUGAGUCUAAAGUAUCAAAACUCAGCAAAGCAUUAAACGAAGCAAAUAACAGGGAAAGUCUUUUGAGUGCUAAAAUUGAUCGUCUGGAGUCACUUUUAGCAACUACGGAAGCUUCUUCAGACGAAAUCACACGUGCUACAAUUGAUGCUCAUCGAAAGUUGAUUGUUAUGCAAGUCAACGAAGGCAUGCUUGCACGACGAUAUACGGCGCUUUCAGAUGUCGAGGCUUUUUUACAAAAAGAAAAUGCCAGAUUAAAAGAAGAUCUGAUUGACAUGAGCAAAAGUGCUCGUGAAACAAUUUUGCGACUACAAUUUAAAAAGAAUAGUACUGAAGCAGUUUUAGAAAAACUUCAGCAUGAAUUUGCAAAUUCUGUUCCUCAAAAUCAGCAUUUGCUCUUAUAUAACCGAUUACAAACACAUAUAUCAAAAACACGAUUGUUGAUGGAUCGUGAACGAGAAUGGACUGAACACUGCAUGAGUCAUGAGGAUAAUCGAAAUAUUAUUGAAAAACAGCGUAAAGAGAUUUACAAACUCACUGUUCAGCUGGACGAAGCAACUCAAUUGGUAAAUAUGCAUAACGAAUUAGCAAGCAAAAACUCUUGCCAGAACCCGACCACAGACAGCUAUGCAGUAUCUAUGCUAAAAGUCAAACUAGAGGUGCAUGAGCGAAGGUCAGAAUUGGCAGAGACCAGAAUUAAAACACUCGAGACUUUGGAGGCCGAGAUGAUUUUAAGAUUAGACUCUACAGAAAAAAUGUACACUGCAUUACGCGAAGAGAUUAUUCAAGUUCAAGAAGAUUUUUUGAAUUUCAAGAAUGAGCAUAUAAGCUGCCUUACUGAACAGCACUAUCAAGCAACGUUAAAAGAAAAGGCUUGUCUCGAGGAUGAGGUUGGAGCACUCCGUCAAGAAGUUCAAAAAUACAAAGAAAUUGCCGAUAUUGCUACAAAUCAGGUGGCAGAUUUAAACGCUUUGCAUAAAAUGGAUGAAAAAGAAAAGCAGAUUUUACAAGCCGCAGUGCAAGAGCUUCAAAUGAAAGACGACGAUAAACUUGUAAUUGGAAAACUGCAUCAUCAUAUUCUAGCGCUUCAAAUGAGUGAAACUGUGAUUCUUCGAAAAUUGGACUGCAUGACAUCUAAAUGCCUUCGCCUUGAAACACUUUCACUCCAGGCAGAGCAAGCAAAAGAUGAUCGAGACCAGCUUUUGUUUGAUUUACGAAUAAAGACCAAAGGGCGUGUAAGACUGAUGCAGAAAACACUUUCCGAGCUGCGUUUGAAAUUAUCAGGAGUAGUACCACUUGGUAAACACGAGAAAGCAUGCAACAUGAUUCGAAUUUUGGAUGAUCGAAAACGUAAAGCAGAAUUACAAUUAGACGCUGUUUCUCAUGAAAAGCAAGAAAUGGAGCUUGAAAUGAAGACAACAAAGAUCAAGCUUGAAGGUGUACAAGAACUUCUUGAAGCAUUGAAUGACAAGUCUGAUUCUCAAAAGCGAAUGCAAGGAUGGCAAAAAAAGACCAUGUGCAUUCAAACUGAGCUUAUGAAAGCAAAAAAAGACAUAACCCAGUUAAGACUUAAAGCGUCCAUUUCCGAUGAAGAAUGUCAAGCAAGUCACAUUAGGAUUGCUGAACUGGAAAAUGAGGUAUUAACUGCUGAAAGCGAAUAUGCAGAGCAUCAAUUAGAGUGGGAACAACACCAUAGCGAGCUCGAGGAUAUCAUACAGCAGUAUGAAGAGGAACGCGAUAAAAUACUGCACGACUCUACAGCAGCAGAGCUAAGUGAAAUGCUACCAAGCCAUGAUCUUCCAAUAGGGAAUCGACUGGAAGCCUCACUUCGCUUAUUAACAGAACAAGGUCGUAAGUUAAAGGCACUCGAGAUAAAAAUAUCUAGCCUGGAAGCUGAAAAGAAAAACUCUGAGUCGGAGUUAAAGAAUUUUAGUUCAAUUCUCCAUAACAAAGACGUUGAAAUCAAUCGACUUCAAUUGGAAAUAUCACAAUCCAAAACAAGAGAUUUUAAUGUAAAAACUGAGCAGGCACUAGUGACUGAUGCAGAUUUAUUUGAAGCCUCAAACAAACAAGAAGCAGAUGCGAUUGAUAUGGCCAAAAGCUUCACUGAAUCGUUACAGCGUCAAAUUGAUCAAAAAGAGGAGCUUGUUCAUAAAUAUAGAGAGAUGGUCAAAAGCAUUCGCAAAGAAGUGUUUUCUCAAAAAGAGGCAGGCCAAAGCUUAGUUAUACAUAAAUCUGAAGUGGAAAAGUUGGGUGCUAUUAUUGAUGAGCUUCGCCAUGAUAGAAUCAGUCGUGCAGUAAAAUUACCCGAUGUUGCUCCAUCAGUAUCUAAGCAUGAAGCAGAUGCCAAUAGCGACACAAUCCGCGAAUUGGAGAAACUGCUCCACGCAAAAGACAUAUCGUAUGCAGAACUUCAGAAGCAGUUGAAAGAAAUUUCCAAUAGUGCACAUGAAGAAAAGUCUAAUUUGGAGGAUAGAGUAUCUGGGCUAAUGCUAAAAUUGGAACAAAAGGAGCAGCUCAUCAUGGAAAAAAACAAUAAAUUAGAAACCAAUCAAAAAGAGAUUGAGGAGCUGCAGGCCAAAGAAACUAUUUUGCCAUCAGUAAAUUCAUCUGAAGAAGUUAAACUAUUAGAAGCUGGCAUCGAGCAACGAAAUGCCAAGAUUCAUAACCUAACACAUGCAGUACGAAAAUUGAAAGAACAGAUGAUGCAGGCUGCUAAAAGUCUUGCUGAGACUACCAUUCGACAGACCAAUGAAAGCAAUGCAUUUCAAGAAAAGCUCGAGACCAAGACACGUCAUCUUACUAGCAAAAUCAUAGAACUGGAAUCAAAAGUCAAACAAUUGAUGAGUAUUAUUGGGUCCCAUAAGCAAGAAGAUGCAAAUGUAUUAAAUGAUAUGCGUCCUAACAAGGAAAAGGAGAUUUCUACCAAAUCUGCCGAAAACUUCAGACUAAAAAAGGCUCUUGCUGAAACAAAAACCUUCACUUCAAAUGCACUGUAUAAUGAAAUUCAAAUACCAUCACUUCCACCGCUGGUUGAAAAAAGUGCAAAAAUAGCCAGUACAAGUGUACAAACGACAUCUGCACAUUCCACUCAUGUCGCCGAAACUUUCAGAGAUGUAUGGGAAAUAGAAAAGCGAUAUACUCGACAGGUAGAAGCACUCAAAAAAAGGCUAUCUGAAAAGACUGUUUUAAGUGAAGAACUUGGAAAGAAUGUUGAAUCGCUUCGACAAUCAUGCAUGCGAUCUGAAAACGAAAGGAUUCGACUUCAAAGCAAGUUGAAUUCAAUGACUCGGCACUUUCAAAAUAUUAAACUGCCGAAUAGACAAAAGCAUUGUGAUAUUGAAAUGAAACCAAACCAAGACCUUCCAGUAUUUAAACCCAGUACUAGCACUGAUGCAAAAGAAACCAUUUCCAAGCUUAAAUCUGACAUGGAUUUAAAAGAGAAAACCAUUUUAGAUUUACAAGAAAAACUCAAAUUAGCAGUACAAGUAAAUGAACAGUCACCCAUUCAGCAUUUUGAUAGCAGUAUAGAUCCAAACUUGCAAAUCAAAACUCUUUCGGAAAAACUUGCUCAUGCCGAGCACGAGUUGAGCAUGAUUAGAAAGUCGCAGUCGAGUGUCGAGUUUGAGUAUCAGCAAUCGGUAUCUGAAAAAACGCGAGCCUUGGAAAAGAUCACAUUGCUUGAACAGAAAUUGCAGUUUCAUAAUCUAACAGCGGUAGACUCUGCAGGUACUAGUGCAAAAACAAAAUCACUCUGUUCCAAGUCAGUGGAUGAAUUAGUUGCUAUCAUGGAUCACUUGACGCAGGCUGUUGAUAAGCUCACACACGAAAACGAGAAUCUGCGCUCAGGCACUUUAUCACAAGUCAAAUACAGUGCACUGUUUGAAAAAAACAAAAAACUUCAGAAUCAGCUCACUGAAUUAAACCUAAAGCUACAGCAUUCAGAUACCGCAGUGAGCAAAAUUUCUCGUAUUGAGGAAGAGAAUCUCAAAUAUCGGAAACUAUUACGGCGUGAAAUAGAUCGCAACAAGAAAAGUAGUGCAACAAUCCAAGAAUUGAUACAAUCCAAGGAGCAGCUUGUUAUUGAAAUAAUUGGGCUUCAAAAAUCUGUUGGCGGGAAAGAUGCUUUUGAAAGCAGUUUAGAAGAUUCAGCAGAGCUCAAACGCCGUAUUUUGGAUUUAGUGGAAAUGUGGACAGCACGAGCUACCAAGUUAUCAGAAAAGAUUGCUCAACGCGACCUUGGAUUAUCAACUACUGGCAUAUGUGUUGGAAUAUGCAACAACUCGGAGUGUAAUGCUCGCAUUACUCUUCUUGAAAUGACAGCACGAGAUUUAAAAGCUCAAGUACAGAAAUGCGCGGACACGUCGUCAGUUUAUCAAGAGUUGGAAGAUCUCAAGUUCAACUACAAGGAAUGCAUGCGAUUGAAUGUCAAAUAUGAGGCACAACUUCAAGGCAGCUUGGAGUCUGCCAGUUAA